GCGAGGGCGGGCCUCUGCUGUCAGUCGACAGACACGGCACCGCAACACAGACCGAGGCAAUCUGCUCCACGUGCAACACGAAACAAAAAGUUCCUUAUCGUGGGUCCCAGCGGAUUGUUUAUCGCUAGAUCGGGCUGUAUGUGGUCUGCACCCAUGUCCCAGCCCGCUGCAUACGGUGCUGAGUCGCGCAGACUGCCACACGAGGAGCUUCGUUUCGACACGGCGGGUGGGGUGCAGUACAGCUUUAUCUGGCCGAUCUUGGGGACACCGGCGUGGCAGGGCAAGGAUUCUUCCUCCAAGGCAUUAUGUGAUCAUCAAAACCGUCGAUCGUCUGGUCUUUGGGGUUCGAGGCCGGACCUUGAACAUCUGGGGAUAAAGCUUGGCACAUCUUGCUCGACAGGAAUUGUCCUGCCAGCCCAGGCCCGGCUUCCGCAUACUGCACAAGACAACAAUUGGGGUUUGUCCUCCCUGGAGGCUGGUUCUUGAGGCACAUCCUGCCGAGAGGAUUGGUGACAUCACGGAUCCAACCCCGGCCGCUCAUCCAGGCCGCUAUUGCCCUCGCUUGCUUCAUACGGCGCCGACUGCCAAAAAGACACGAGCUUUGCCGUCUUGGGAGAUAUGGCCUCGCCUGACUUCGGGUUGCGAUGCUGACCCCACGGAUCCGCAGUCCAAAGGAAAUGACUCUGGACGUAAGGAGAUCGACCUGAGGGGCUGCAGGGGAGCAGAGCAGCUAGCCCGGGCCUCGGGACAGACGCAUGGAGGACCGGGGCCGAGCCCCUGGCCCCACAAAUGGAAAUAAGAUGCUGGGCUCGGAGUCGCCCGAGAUCUGCAAACCUAGUAGGGGGAUGGGUGGUGGACCACUGGCACUGCAGCCGUCUUGCCGCUUGAGGCUCUUCACAAAAUCCCCCCUUUCUGCGCGAAACCUUCACAACCGGCCUAAUGCACACCUGAGGCUCGCUUCGCUCGUUGGCACGCGCGCCCAGACUCGGGCUGCUCGGCCGUCAUCCAUCCCACAACUCCCACAACUCCCACGCUAGGAAAGCCUGUCUGCCUGUCUCGGUAACUUGCCGCCGCCCUCCUCACCGCGCCUACCUGGACCUCCGCCGAGUGCAGUCGUCGACGGAUCAAUUCUCUGGUCUUGGCGGUUUCAUAUUACAUUGUUUCCCUCCAGGCCCCCCAUGGAGCCGCCUUCGUUAUCAUUGGCCUGUCAGCGGGAUGCGGCUCAGGCACAGCUAGACGUCCCCCUGUCUCAUGCGGGUCGAUGUUUGAUGUUUCUCCGUUUGGACUUGAUAGAUCCUUACAGAUCCAGGCCGCCGGUCCACGACGGCAUCGCGGGCCUAUGAGAGGCCUUCCGCCACGCUUCUUUUGUGGGAGGUUGGCCAUAUGCGGCCCUGGCAUACCCACUUCAAUAAACUCGAGCGUCUAUGACCCCGGAAGCCUCGCGCCAGGACGCUGGGCAAUCUCCCCCCUCCCCCUCGUGUCUGUCUCCUGGCGACGACACAAACACGGACAGGACGUACUUAUACCAGGCUCGCCGAGCCGUCGAUCUUUUGGUUUCUCGUGCUUUUGUUCCUCAACCUCGUUCAAUUCGUCGUCUUCACACACCGACCAUUCAUUCUUUCACGGGUCUGCCUGGGGCUGCCAUUCAUUUCAACACAAGCUGUUAACCAUUGUCGAUCGUUCAUUCAACCCAACCAAAAACCCCCUUUCCGCCCCUUCGCUCACCAGUAGUGAAUAUCACAUCAAAAUCAAAAUGGCUGCCAAGAUCACCCUCGCUCUCAUUGCCUCCGCGACCCUUGUUGCUGGCCACGGAUAUGUGACCAACGCGACUAUCGGAGGAACCGAGUACGAGUUCUACCAGCCGUACCAAGACCCUUACAAGACCCCUGCUCCGGAGAGGGUCUCCCGCAAGAUCACCGGCAACGGCCCAGUCGAGGAUGUCACCUCAGCCGCCAUCCAGUGCGGUGCUGACACCGCCCCGGCUGCCCUCGUCGCCGAGGCCGCCGCUGGCUCCGACGUUGAGCUCUUCUGGACCCUGUGGCCCGAGUCCCACAUCGGCCCUUCGAUCACCUACAUGGCCAAGUGCGAGGGUGACUGCACUUCCUAUGAGCCUGGAACCGACGCUGUCUGGUUCAAGAUCCAGGAGAAGGGCCGUGAGGGCACCUCUGACACCUGGGGAUCUACCCCUGUCAUGACCGCUGGUGGCAGCAUCUCCUACACCAUCCCCGAGUGUCUCGAGCCUGGCAACUACCUCGUCCGCCACGAGCUGAUCGCCCUCCACUCGGCUGCCAGCUACCCCGGCGCCCAGUUCUACCCCGGCUGCCACCAGAUCAAGGUCACCGGCGGUGGAUCCACCGCCCCCACCGACCUUGUCGCCUUCCCUGGCGCCUACAAGGGCACUGACGCCGGUAUCGCGUACAACGCCUACACCUCCUCGGAGUACACCGUCCCCGGCCCCGCUCUGUUCACCUGCUCCGGCUCGUCAUCGGGCUCUGCCGGCUCUGCGGGCUCCGCUGCCUCGAGCGCUGCCGCACCGUCCUCUACGCUGGCUACGGUUACUAAGGCUUCAACUGCCGCCCCUGUUGCUACCGAUGCUGCCGACGACGAUGAGGCUUGUGACGUCCCUGCUACAACCACCGCUGCUAGCACUAGCUCUGUGGCUGCUAAUGUUGCCGCUGCCGCCACUUCUGAUGCCUCGGACGACGAGGCUUGCGAUGCUGAGGAGACUGUUACCGCUACUAUCACCUCCGCCGCUGCCCCCGCCGAGACUGGUGCUGCUGACGACGAAUGCCCCGCUGAGGAGGAGCCGCCUGUCGAGGAGACCGGCGACGAUGAGUGUGAGGCUUAAGUGACGCACGCACAUGGUCUGUCGCGCGUCCUAUGUACGUGAUGAGGCUUGUCGACUCACUACGAUGACGAUGUUGACUUGAGACACGGGUGUUUGGAUAAACGAUACAAGUGUUGCAUACUCGGUGCUGCACGUGCUUAUUUCAUCAUUGUAAAUAUUACUGGUGUCCUGGCUAGACUGGGCGAGAAUAUACAUCUGCGGAACAUA